CCUGAGGCCGACUAAACCCUCAGCCUCAGAGAAAUGACCUCUCGCCGGCGAGCCGCCGGCGACUCCACAACCCUUUCUCAGAUCUCCGACGAGAUCCUAUCCGAAGAUCCGAAACCCGAUUCGAAGCCGGAUCUGCCAUUGGCUCCUCCAAGACUGGGGUUUAUCGUUGAGCUUUCCGCCCUCUUGCUCCUCCCUUUCUUCUAUCUUCUCUUCUUUCACUAUGAAAUUGACCAUGAUCUUCGGAGAUCGAUCGCCAUUAAUGUUGGUGUGAGCUUCGGUGGCUUCGUUCUGACGGUUCGAUUGAUCCCGGUGGCGGCCAGGUAUUUGUUGAGGAGGAGUAUGUUUGGGCUUGAUAUUAACAAGAAGGGAACUCCUCAGGGAGGAAUCAAAGUGCCUGAAUCGUUGGGUAUUGUUGUAGGAAUUGUCUACUUGGUCGUCGCUAUACUUUUUCAGCAUUUCAACUUCACAGCAGACUCUAAUUGGCUUGUCGAGUAUAAUGCAGCAUUAGCAUCUAUUUGCUUCAUGAUUCUGCUUGGAUUUGUUGAUGAUGUUCUCCAUAUUCCAUGGAGAGUAAAACUGGUGUUGCCAUCAUUUGCAGCACUUCCUUUGUUGAUGGCAUAUGCUGGACAUACUACUAUCAUCAUACCAAAGCCUCUAAUUCAAUACAUCGGGGUAGCUGUUCUUGAUUUAGGUUGGAUAUACAAGCUCUAUAUGGGCAUGCUGGCAGUAUUUUGCACAAAUGCCAUUAACAUUCAUGCUGGACUUAAUGGUCUUGAAGUCGGGCAAACAGUUGUCAUUUCAACUGCAAUUUUGAUACAUAAUGUGAUGCAAAUUGGUGCAUCUUCAGACCCCGAGUACAAACAGGCUCAUGCAUUCUCAAUUUACCUUAUCCUGCCUCUCCUGGCUACUUCAUUGGCUUUACUUUCGUAUAACUGGUAUCCUUCGUCAGUUUUUGUUGGUGACACCUAUACUUAUUUUGCUGGAAUGACUAUGGCUGUGGUUGGGAUACUUGGCCAUUUCAGCGAGACACUCCUACUAUUCUUCUUGCCUCAAGUCUUAAAUUUUCUUUAUUCCUGUCCUCAGCUUUUUAAGAUCAUUCCCUGUCCAAGGCAUCGUCUGCCAAGAUUUGAUCCUCAUACAGGGUUGCUUACUGGAACAAAAGAUGGGACGCUUGUCAACCUAUUUCUCCGGUUGUUUGGACAGUGCUCUGAGAAGGCUUUGUGCAUUAGACUCCUUAUUUUCCAGGGUUUGGCAUGCCUGCUCUGUUUCGGUCUGAGAUUCGUUCUUGCUGGUUGGUACAAAUGAAGUCAAGCAGAGAAUAAGCUAUAGUUUCUGGUUCCAGAAAACCGUGCCACUUCGCAAACAAGUUUGGCUGCAGGAGUAGCAAAACAUUCAUUUUGUAACCAUCUACAGAGUAUUAUUUGAAGAAAUUACCGAUGCAGUUUUCCUAGUUGUGUAGAUGCCUUUGAGAGAACUUGUGCGUCAUGCUUUGUAGAAGAUAAAACAUUUCAUGAAUACAGUGUACAUCUUAUUGUGCUCACUGCUAAUAUUUGCAUGAACUCUUUAAGGUUUUGAUACACAAAAUUUAAAGUGUUCUCUAAAUUGCUAGUGACAAACUAUUGAAUAGUUCCAUUGCCUGUAAUAACAUGAACUAUUUUAAAGGUCAAA